CCGAGCCGGCACUUGCCCGUUGGUUUCCACCUGCUGCCCGUGUCCGCCCCCCCGCGGCUGCCUGCCACGGCCUCCUGCAACCCCGGUUAUAAAUACCACCCCGCCCCAUCGUCCAUCGCCAUUCCAAAUCACACCAAUCCACUCAGCUCGAUCAGUGACCACCUCCUGCAAACUCUCGCUAGCAGCUAGAGCCUAGAGCUGCUGCCUGCAAUCAGCUGUGAAGAAGAUGAGGUCGAUCGCGCUUGCCAUCGCGGCGAUGGCCUGCCUGGCGGCGGUGGCGCGGGCCGGCAACUUCUACCAGGACACCGAGAUGACCUGGGGCGGCGGGCGCGGCAAGGUCGUGGACGGCGGGCGCGGGCUCGACCUCACGCUGGACCGCACCUCCGGCUCCGGGUUCCAGUCCAAGAGCGAGUACCUCUUCGGCAAGAUCGACAUGCAGAUCAAGCUGGUGCCGGGCAACUCUGCCGGCACCGUCACCACCUUCUACCUCUCGUCGCAGGGGAGCACCCACGACGAGAUCGACUUCGAGUUCCUGGGGAACGUGACCGGGGAGCCCUACACGCUGCACACCAACGUGUUCGCGCAGGGGCAGGGGCAGCGGGAGCAGCAGUUCCGCCUCUGGUUCGACCCCACCACGGCCUACCACACCUACUCCAUCGUCUGGAACCCGCAGCACAUCAUCUUCGCGGUGGACGGCACCCCGAUCCGUGACUUCAAGAACCACGAGGCGCGCGGCGUGGCGUUCCCCAAGAGCCAGCCGAUGCGGCUGUACGCGAGCCUGUGGAACGCCGACGACUGGGCGACGCAGGGCGGGCGCGUGAAGGCGGACUGGUCCCACGCGCCGUUCGUGGCCUCGUUCCGGGGCUUCAGCGCCGACGCCUGCCUGUGGUCCGGCGGGCGGCAGCAGUGCCCCGUGGGCACCAUGGAGGCCGCCGCCGUGGGCGGGCGCAGCUGGUGGAGACAGCAGCUGAGCGACAUGAGCUACCGCCGCAUGCGGUGGGUGCAGAGGAAGUUCAUGAUCUACAACUACUGCACCGACGCCAAGCGCUUCCCGCAGGGCGUCCCCGCCGAGUGCCACCUCCGGUGAGCAGCCGCUGCCGUGCACCGUUGCACGUACGAUUCCUCGUCGUUCCAACCCAUCCGUGGCGAAACCAGAGAUCGCUCGAUGAUACGAGAGAAGAUGAUGAUGGCGAAGAAUAAGGAACGUUCUUGCAUGGUGGGGGCGAUGUAUGAUGUAAAUGUAGCAGCGCGCGUAUCGCAUUCUUUGAUUUGUUUCUGUAACACCAGAUGUACACCUAUGAAGUUCUCUCAAGUUUCUUUCAGGAUAAUCUUGAUCUUGCA